ACAAAGUGGAAGAAGAUGAAGAUGCUGCUGGGGGCUUUACUGCUGAUGUCCACCACCAGUCUGUCUGCACUGGUGGACCAGGUCCAAAUCGGAGACAAUGACGACCUUGAUGACUUCGUUUUGGAUAUUGCUCCACACCGAGUUCCACGGCAGGUGAAGAACAUCCUCACCAAGCAGGAGACGAGGCCUCACAUCCAGGAGCUGUCCAUCAACACCACCAUCCUUUCUCGCUACUCCUUCACGGCGGUACGCUGCAUCAUGCUCAACCGGCACGCUGCCACCGCCGAGGGUCUCUUCCGCUUCCACGUCCCCGCCGGCGCCUUCGUGACCAACUUCACCAUGAUCGUGGGAGGGCAUGUAUACCAGAGUCGGGUCGUGCCGAGGGAGAGGAGAAAGGGCAAGCAGGCCGGCGACAAAGCUCAGAAGUCAGGUGACGCCAGUCAAGAGCAAGAUGUGGAGUUGUUUCGCAUGGUGGCCAACAUCCCGGGUCGUAACUGCGCUGUCUUCCUGCUCGCCUACGAGGAGCUGCUGCAGCGCCGCCUAGGCCGCUACGAGCACGUCACCAGCCUGCAGCCGCUCCAGCUGGUGAGCCGCCUCAGCGUGGAUGUCACAAUUGUGGACCACUCGCCCGUCACCCACUUGGAGGUGCUUCCCCUGCGCGGGCCCAACUCACCCAGGAUGCCAGCAGCCAAGCCUGAGCCUCCUGUCACCACCGCCAUCCAAAGAGAGAAGAAUGUCUGCAAGGUCACCUUCAGUCCAAACAUCGUCCAGCAGGCCAAGAUCACCACCAACGGCAUCCUGGGAGAUUUUAUUGUCCGCUUUGACGUCCAGAGAGACAUGGGGGUCGGGGACUUACAGGUUCUAAACGGAUACUUUGUGCACUACUUCGCCCCGAAAGACCUCCCUGUGGUGCCAAAGAACGUGGUGUUUGUGAUCGACACCAGCGCCUCCAUGCUGGGCACCAAGAUGAGACAGACCAAAGACGCCCUGUUAACCAUCCUGAGGGACCUGCGAGCUGUGGACCGCUUCAACUUCAUCAGCUUCUCCAACAAGAUUAAAGUUUGGAAGACCAGCCACCUGGUCCCUGUCACGCCCCUCAACAUCAGAGAUGCCAAGAAGUUCAUCUACACACUGGUGGCGACUGGAGGCACCAACUUCGACGGCGCCGUCCAGACCGGCUCGGCUCUCCUCCGCGACUACCUCUCAGGUCCUGAAGCCAACCCCAACAGCGUCUCCCUCAUCGUCUUCCUCACAGACGGACGCCCCACGGUGGGCGAAUCCCAGUCCACAGCCAUCCUGGGAAACACCCGCUCGGCUGUGCAGGAGAAGUUCUGCAUCUUCACCAUCGGCAUCGGCAACAACGUGGACUACAAGCUUCUAGAGCGCAUGUCUCUGGAGAACUGCGGGAUGACCCGACGGAUCCACGAGGAGGCCCACGCCAGCGCCAUGCUCAAAGGGUUCUACAAGGAGAUUGGAACGCCUCUGCUGUCGGACAUCAGGAUCAACUACACAGAGGACUCUGUGGAGUACGUCACACAACAUCUCUUUGCCAACUACUUCAAUGGCUCCGAGUUGGUCGUGGCCGGCAAACUGAGCAACCAGAGCGCCCGGUCUCUUCACGUCCAGGUCACCGCCAGCAACGACGACAAGACUGUCGUCCUGGAGGCCGACGUGCCACAGCGAAGCCAGCAGUUGGAAACGGAGAUGCAUGUGAAGGCGGCGGCGGCGGUGGCUAAAAGCCCAGGCCUCACACAGGGUUGGGGUGACACUUUGGGCGGGAUGGGGGCGGACUUUGUGGAGCGGGUGUGGGGUUUCCUGAGCAUCAAGGAGGGGCUGCGCUCACGCCUGCAAAGCCGAACCAGCAGGGAGAGAGAAGAGCACGUCCAGCGGGCAACCACUCUGUCCAUGAAGUACCACUUCCUCACCCCCCUCACCAACAUGCUGGUGGACAAGCCCGAGGUGCUGGCGGACGGCACCAUCACACCAGACGCUGAUAACGAGCUGCCAGGUCACGGAGAGGAAGGACAGUUGCAGAGAGAAGAUGACAGACAAAGUUCAACUCGUAGCAAUGACAUGGCAGGCAAAGUCGCGAGGAGACCCGCCAAGAAGUCUGUCACCAUCUCCAAAACUUCAGCGGACGGCGACCCUCACUUUGUGGUGGACUUUCCUCUCAGCAACAUGGCCGUCUGCUUCAACAUCAACGGCGAGCCUGGAGAUGUCCUUCGCCUUGUUUCUGAUCACAAGUUCUCCGGCGUGACGGUGAAUGGUAAACUCAUCAGCGCCCCGCCCCCACCCGGCAGCCGCAAGCACCUGCGCACGUACUUCAGCACCAUCACCAUCGUGGCGGACCAGCCCAGGCGCGCCUACAUCGAGGUGACGCCCAACAAGGUCAUCCUGGACGGGCGGGACCGCCUGGUGCUGCCCUGCCGCUCCAGCGUCUCCGUGGACAGCGGUGCUAUCUCGGUGGCCAUCAUGGCCGAGUCCAACGUGACGGUGGGCAUCGGAGGGAACAUCAGCUUUGUGAUCCUGCUGCACCGCUACAAGAACCCCGCCCCCUACCAGAAAGACCACCUGGGCUUCUACAUCCAGAAUAGCACAGGGCUGUCACGUGGCUGCCACGGCCUGCUGGGUCAGUUCCUGUACGAGGAGGUGGGACUCGCAGAAGAAGAUCCAGCAGACCGGGACGGGAAGCUCCUGAAGGUGGGAGGGCGCUCUGUGUUGGCGGUGCGGAAGAAGCGGCGCAUCUACGGCGGUGCUCAGAGCGUGGACUGCUGGUUCGCCAGGAACAACGGCGCCAAGCUCAUAGACGGAGAGUACCAGGACUAUGUGGUGCUGCACAUGUUUGACACGGGAGAGUGGCCGCACGGGACUAACACGGAGUGAAGCCCCGUCCCUACAUCGGUCCACCAUGUGGUACACUUCCAGUUGCCCCUUCAGGGGGCUGCCAAAAAGUCAUAUGGACCAGUUCUUUUGUUUUUUUAUAUUAUCGGUUUCUACUGUAAUCAUUUGACGUGUAAAUAUCUUUGCUAGAUACGGCCCGCUAACUAACCCUUUGAUGGGCGGGGUCCAGGGUCCACACAGUGGUUCCAGAGUGGCUAAGUCGACAUUCAGCUGUUAGUAGUAUGUUCCCAUCACUUAUACUGUAUAUAUUUAAAUACACUGGGGGUGUCCAAACUUAUACUUUUUCAUUAUACUUUUCAUAUACUGAAAAAUCAAAGGAUGCCUUGGUUGUGCUAUUUUUAGACAUUAAAAAAGGCUAGAAAAAUACAUACACAAUAUUCAAAUUUGCGGAUUUUUGGUCCUCCCCAAAUUUCUUUCUUUAAAAACAAGCUGUUUUUCCUUUUGACAUUCAUCAUAAGUGGGUAAUAAUUUAUACAUAUGCGACAAUUCAGCGUACAUGUACCACAAAAACAUCAUUUUUACAUAUUUGUCUAUGAUACUUUUUCCACUUUUCUGACCUAUAAAAGUAGUUAGAAUGUUGUAUUCUGGUGUUAAACCAUGCCAAAGGUUCAGAUCAUGAGGUUUGAGCAUUUGGAAGUGAGUCCUGAAAGAAGUUUGAGAUGGCUCAAAACGCUCUGUUUCAGAAGGUGUGGUAAAACUGUUCCUUUGUGAUGUCACAGAGAGGCAGCAGUAAGUAACAGUUUAUCAGUGUCCAACUGUCUUCAUUUUGGCUAAGUCAUGGAGCAAACACGCUUGUCUGUGAAGCAUUAUAUAGUGUGCAUACAGGGAGCGGUGCUGCUAAUAGCCAUUUCCCACAAGUGGCCACAUUAGAUGUUAAAAAAAUGCUGUAGAAAACCAAACUUGGGACUGUCCAGUAAGGAUCGAGCGAUACAUCAGCCGGCCGAUAUAUCGGGCCGAUAUUUGCGUUCUUUACUUGAGUCGGUAUCGGCCGAUAGUCGGUAUCAUUCAGCCGGGCUGAGGUUAAAUGCGUGUCGUGUUACGUGUGUGUUGCUCUCUCCGAGCAUGCACGCACGCACACACAGAAGGAAUUGGAGCAGCCGUGUCUACUUAUGAGAGGUCUUUAGUGUGUACAACACAAACUUUAAUGAUGAGAGAAAUGUUUUAUAUAUCUUACUAAAUUGUGUCAGUGUGAUGUGUUUGUGUGUG